CGUACUCAAGGCGAAAUCCGGUGGAACUCGGAAGGGAGGCAGCUGUCGUGGAUUCGAAUUUACUCAAUAAAAAUGCUUAUUCAGCCAUUGUAGAAUCUACUAGCUAUGGAAUCUGACAAAAAUGCUUUCCGCGUGGAGUUCCCCGACUUCUCGUGCUCCAUUCUGCAGAAGCUCAACCAGCAGCGCCAGAGGGGCCAGCUGUGUGACAUCAUUGUGAGCAUCGGGGGCCACCAGUACCGGGCACACCGCGCUGUGCUGGCGGCCAGCUCGCCGUAUUUCUGCGACCAGGUCCUGCUCAAAAACAGCGCACGGGUGGUGCUGCCGGAGGUGAUGAACCCGUGGGUGUUUGAGGGGUUGCUGCAGUCGUGCUACACUGGUUCUCUGACCCUGCCCUCGUGUGAGGUGGUGGCCUUCCUCACGGCCGCCAGCUUCCUGCAGAUGUGGCAUGUGGUGGAUAAGUGCACCGAGCUGUUGGAGGGGAACACAUCACGUUCACACAAAACCCCGUCGGGAGUAGGGUGUCGGGGCAGCAGCCGAGCCGAACAGCAUCCAUCCCCCGACGGUGAGAGUUACCAUGGUGACCGAGGCGAAGAAGCUUUCUCAGACGGCACGGGGGUUGGAGGGAGUGAGGGAUUUGGCAGGAUGACUAGCUGCAGAGGAUCGUCCGACUUUGAGCAGCUGCUGGAUGAGAGCUUUUCACCACAUGCGCUGGAGCUUGGAGCGCCCCCUAGUGGAAACGGCUCCUCGCCGCCUGACCGGGCUGAGUCGGCCAGCGAGAAUGGAGACCCUGAGGCUGAGCUCCCCAGGUCCAGGCCUGUCUAUGUUCCGCCGAGCAUCAUGGGACAUAGGAAGUGGACGCAGGUGAAAACAGAGAGGCCAUGCCGCGACGACUGCAAUAGCCAGUUCACUGCUGAGACGGCCAGCACAGACUCAGAGCAGCUGGGCCUGCCUCCUCACCAAGGAACCUCCUCCAUGCACUCCACAGAGGACAGUGUGGACGAGAAGUUGGUCAGCGAGCUGGAGGAGAGCCUGGAUUGUGACCCCCUGGACUUCUAUGGCACCUCCAUGGACCGCUUCCCCAACGACAAAGAUGAGAGUUCGCCCAGCAUGUCGAAGAACAGCCCUCUGGAACUGGGCCCAGGAAGAACAGGCGGCGAUGACGACGAUGAUGAGGAUGGGAUGGAUGGCACCCAGGACGAGACGUCCAACUCUGGUUUCGGAUCAGGUGUCUAUAAGCUCUACCCGUGCCAGUGCGGCAAGAGCUUCACGCACAAGAGCCAGCGCGACCGGCACAUGAGCAUGCACAUGGGCCUCCGGCCGUAUGGCUGUGCAGUGUGUGGCAAGAGCUUCAAGAUGAAGCAUCACCUUGUGGGCCACAUGAAGAUCCACACGGGCAUCAAGCCGUACGAGUGCAGCCUUUGCUCCAAGCGCUUCAUGUGGAGGGACAGCUUCAACCGCCACACUGCCUCCUGCAGAAGGGCUCACCAGGCCAAGCGGUCUGCAACAGAGCAGAGCAUCUGUUGAUCCCAGGCCGAACACAGGAGUCUUAAGUUGGGUGGUGCUGGGUAAGUUGUGUGGUGCAGAUUCAGGGACAAAGUGACUUUGUUCAGGACCAUACUCUCUGAAUGUUGGUGCCAUCCUUGUCAAGACCUUAAAGUGUUUAUGUCAAUUUGAUUUGUCAAAAGGCUAUCAGUGAUUUCAUUUGGACGUUUUUUAAGGCUUUUGGCAGUGUUCAGGUUUUUGUUUCCCCAGGGUAUAAACUGACUGUCAAACCUGGGGCCUGUACUAUGACGCAUAGUGCCCAGGGUGUCUUUCUGUUAGCUGGUAAAAGGGGUGGUGUUGGACUUCGUUGGCACUAGUCGCAAAUAAAGCCGCCCAUUUCACUUCACAGGAACAAACUAAAAUACUUGCUUGAAAUAUGAGUUUAUGAAUUGAAAUCAAUAGUUGGCAAAUGGGAUGCUUAGAUGUAUUCUUUUCAUGUGUAAACCAUUAUUAGCGUUAUUCUAAAAUGCUCCCAGCCCUCCCAAGAGACCCUCCAACUAUAUGCGCACUGAGAUCAUCUGGAAUGGUUAUACUAUUUUCCAAGAGAAUUGAUUGGUUGGUACGGUAUCUUGUACAUUUUUUUUUCCAGAGUAGGUUAGGAGUUCAGCGUAAGUUACCAUGGUGAUUUACUUGGGGUUUAAAGGUACAUGUGUUUGUACCGAACUGUUUAGGUACAAGACGUUAGGUGAAAUACAGAUGUGCACUGUAUACCAAUGCAGUCUUUAACGGUAAUCAAAAGUAGGCUUUUUUGCUUGCGAACCAUGUUUCAAAUUUAAGUUCCCACACAAACAUAUUAAGUUGUGGACCUAGGGCUGGGCGAUAUGGCCAUUUUUUCACAUUAAACCUGAUCUAGGAUUUUAAUGGAUUUUUUCCCCUCCUACAAACUAGAAAUGACAAAAAAUUGUUCAAAACAAGUCAUGACUAUCAUGGGGCUGUAGUGCAGACCUACUCUGGCAUUACCAGUAUCAUUAGAUUAUACAUUGUGCAGUAGGCCUAAGUCUCUAUAGAUGCUUAUGGAUGACCCCAAUAAUGAGCUCCAUCACUUUUGGCAUCAGAUCCUGCUUAUAUUUGCUGCCCAUCAGCAGCUUGAUAAAGUUUAGAAACAUUGGAGAAAAUCGAUUUUCAUAAAAACAAAUCGAUUUGAAUAAAGAAACUAAUUUUCAGAUUUAAAAUUGAUUUUUUUGCCCAGCCCUAGGUGGACCAUUUGUCAGUUUAGUCAAUUAAGGUUAAAACCCAUUUGAUACCUUUUCAAAAUAAUAUUCCUGUUGCACAUCAGCAAUAUUGUCAGUGAAUUUUAGGUUAGCAGUACCUAAAGGCUUAUUGUACAGGAAAUGAAUCAAACUUUGACUUCAAAACCAAUGGACACACCGAACCAUAAUUUAUGUGUACCGUUACACCCCUAUGAUUAACCCUUGUUAAAAUAGAGCCACCAAUAUGCCACUGAAACCUUAAGUCACCUCGCUAACCCCAAGAUCCUGCUUCGAAGUACAGGCCUCAGGUGCUGGCAAAACAAAAUUGCCUUGGGGAAUCGGGAGAUACUGGGAAUACAUGUAUUCGGCCAGCUAAUGUGCCCCCCAGUACAUUUCAAUGCAUAAAAUUACUGUGAAAAAAAAGUAAGUGCUUUCAUUUUGAUGCUGACAUACCUUAUUCACUCACGGUCAUGUUGCAUUUUAGCGAGGCACCAUUUUGCUUGUGAAUACCAUUGGCGUUUACUUAAGCAGUGGUAUUUAUUUCAUCACUCUCUGGUACAAUAGAUACUCCAUUUUUUAAACAAUGUUCUUUAUUUCCGUCCUAGAUGCCACUUCCCACUGAUGCGUAAUACCUCAGUUUGUGUAAGCCAGCAAACAGAGUAUGAUAAAACAGUACAAUACAGAAACAGUUAAAGCACCUCACACUCAAAUGUCAGUGGAAGACAGUAGAGAGAUACUGCCUUACUUUCAUUUCAAUGACUCAGUACUAUGAAUCACUUCUGGUUCAUAGGCUUCAGAGAGAGUCUGAAUUUUCUAAAUGAUCUGCUGUUAGGAAUUAUUGACAUGUAAUGAACAAAAAACCUCAUUCACAAUUAAACCUCAUUGGUUGCUUUGGGGUAUGUAGAUGUACAGAUUUCUGCCUAUAUCCAAAUGUAAGAAGUAAAACAAAGGCAAAGUGUAUUUAUGUAGAGUUAGUAUAUUGAGAGUCUGAUCAUUUAGAUCAAAUAAAAACGGGUAGUUUGUGUAUGUGUGGGGGGGUUCCAUUGAAAUAAGGUUACUGUCAUAUGGAUAACUUUUAUAUUAACAUCUGUAUUUCUAUUCUCCUGUCUCUGUAGUUUUUUAAAGAAAUUAUUUGGUUUCUAUCUUUGCUUCUUGAAAUGUCUUCAAAUGAUGUUGAAAUCAACAGGUAAUUUCAGUGUGGGAUCAUAAAGUUCUCAUUGAUCCUGGUAGAUCAUCAGUGCCUGGGAGCUUGGAAGACACUGUUGAGACUUUAAUUCAACGUGUAUAGCCUACUUGUCACAUUUGAUCCUGACUUAUUUUGAUUAUUUGAUUACUUGAUUAUUUUUUCUGAUAAAAAGUUUAAAAUUGUGAAAUAAUGAGAUUUGUGUAACCUGAAUUGUGUCUUUAAUUUGCCUUUUUGCAGGUCAUUAGUGAUUUUUAUGUAGAGUGAAGGACAAUCAUUCAGGAUUUUAAUGGUUAAAAUAAUAAUAAUAAAAAAAAAACCUCUGUCUAUGCGAAUCCAACCCUUGGGACAAGAACAUAACACACUGAUGUAAAAGAGCUAGAAGAAAGUCAGUAGGUGUUGUGUGUCCUUUAAGAACCCUUUACUACUAAUUCAAUGUUUAAAUUUGAUGUGACCAUAUUUAUAAAAGUUAUGUCUAAAUUAAGUGAUCCAAGACAAUCAGUACUUCUAAUAUAUAUUUCUGAAAUGUUUAUUUAACCAUGGCUUGUCUAACGGAGUUAUUGCUGAUAAGAAAAUCAAUCGUCUUUUCUUCGUAAAAGUUAUUAAUUACUCUUUCUGACAAAUUUCAACAUUUCAGAAAAUCUAAUUGAAAAUAAGUUCUAAUCCAUAAAAAUCUUACUUGGGAUAUGUAUUUACCGCCAAAUGAAAACUACCUCAAGAGGACAUCUCCUUUUGGUUCCUUGUCUUAAUUUUUGUGUACUUUUUUCUUUUUAAAAAGAAUUCCCAAUGUGUUUUAUGAUUUUUUUUUUCUUCUUAUAGAAGAACAUAAAAGUUUUGUACAGAUGGGU